AUGUCAAUCAAGAAUGUUGUUCUAGUUGGUGCGGAUGGCAACCUUGGGCCAGGAGUCCUCAAUGGUCUGGUUGGGGCAGGAACCUUCAAAAUCACGGUCUUCAAGCGAAAGUCCUCAAAGUCGAAGUCCAAUUAUCCGGAUGAUGUUGAAGUCAAGCUAUUGUCGGACGAUUUUCCAAUCGACGAACUGGUCCCCGCUCUCAAGGGUCAGGAUGCCAUAGUCAGUACCGUGUAUGGUGCACAAGUCGACUUGCAGAAGCGUCUUGCAGAUGCAGCAAUCAAGGCUGGUGUAAAGCGAUUCAUUCCUUCCGACUUUGGAAGCUGUGACUCGCAGAGCGAGAGAGCUAUGGAACUUGCACCCAUCUACAUCGCCAAGUCACAAGUGCGCGAUCAUCUCGAGAAGCUAGCUAAAGAGAACCCUGGUUUCAGCUGGACUAGUCUCGUGUGCGGUCAUUUCUUCGACUGGGACCUUGGCUUCUUCCAUAUCAAUCUUCAGGCCAAAAGUUUUGAGAUCCUCGAUGAUGGCGAGGUCUAUUGGAGUACCAGCACAUUCGCACAAAUCGGCAAAGCUACUGCUGCCAUACUGCAGAAGCCAGAAGAGACAAAGAAUCGAUUUGUUUACAUCCAGAGCUUCCGUAUCAACCAACACCAGCUCCUGAAAGCAUUCGAGAAACAGACGGGACAGUCCUGGAACGUCAAAAAGUACGACUCGUCAGAAUAUGUGAAGGAACGCAAGGCAAAGGCAGACAGUGGGGACAAGUCGGCCGUCGAAGAUCUAGUCUGGGUUCUAGGCACACUGGAAGCCGAUUGGGAGGCUCGCGAUGGAUACGCCAAUGAUCUUCUUGGACUGCAGCAGGAGAACCUUGAUGAUGUAGUGGCAAGGAUUGUCAAGAGUAAUUAA